UAUUUUCUACAGCUUAAUGCCUAGAAUUCCAUAACGCGUGAGUGUUUUCAACAUCAACACAGCAUGGUUCGCAUAAAAAACAGAUAUAUUGCGGUGCAGAUAGUGCCCUACGCACCCACAAAGGUGUUGUAUCUCAACGAUAACACGCUGACAAAAUGCCUGCUGCGAAACAUUGAAAAGUACUAUGGAGUCUACGGACUAGGAAUGAUCGAGCAGGGAUUCAGGGUGAAGUACAUCAAUGAGAGGACUAAGAUAGCCAUUAUAAGGUGCAUGCAUGCUGGUCACCGUUUCGUGUCCAGCAUAUUGCCUCUAAUCACAUUGAUAGGAGACGUCCGGGCCAAGUUUAGGACUCUCUACAUCGGCGCCACCAUUAUACAAUGCAACAAGUUCAUCAUCAAGCAUCAGAAAAAGUUCCUGGACCGCGAAAUGGGACAGUUGACGUCCGCCAAGGAACGGCAGGACCUCUUCAAGCGCGUGAUGGAGUUCGACAUGGACAGAUAAGAACACGACCAAGUGGAGGCUACAAAAGAUUAGCAUAGCGUAUAAUUAAGUAAAUAUAGUACAUAGCUUUCUUGUAGAAAACCGGUGUCCAAAUUCGACUA